AUGAACAUUUUACUUCAUUUCAAUCUAGAUAAAAUAUUGUCAAUUCUGUACAACUGCUACGCUGGAGUUAACAAUCAGAUUUACCUGCAAAUUCACAUCAUUAAUGCAACCAUGAAUCGAGAAAUUGAAUAUCAAAAUGAGAACUUUACUGAGAUAUAUUCGGAAAGACUCACUGCUGAUCACAAAACAGUCUUGAAGAAGGGUGAUGAAUACAAGGAAAUUGAUUCUGUUGAUAUUGAUGAGUUCUUUACUGACUGCUUUUAUGAGUCAAAGAAUUAUUUUUAUGGAAUUUUGGCAUGUUUCGGGAUCGGUAUUUUUGGACACAAUGUGAAUACACUAUUCAAUUUGUCAUCUGUAGAAUACCAAUUAAGUAACGUUAUCGACGUUUUUAAAAUAUAUUUUCUAAAUGACACCUUUCCAUUGCCUUUUGGUGUUAUGGACUUUAUGUACCUACAGCAAAUCUCUGUACUGAGGUCUAGUGGAAUUAAACUAAGUCAUUCACGAAACCUGAUUAUUAAAAUUGGCGAUAAUAAAUGGAACAAAUCAAUUGAAAUGAUGAAAUCACAACAAUUAGUUUGCAAUAAAAGACUUUUACAUCUUGAAGUUGACUUUGAUGAUGUCCUUAAUGCGGCAUUCGAGUGCUGUAAUCGAGUAUCAGGAUAUAUAAGCCAUUUUAAUUAUUGCUGGGAUCCCAAUGGAUUUAACUAUUAUAACAAAACUUACAUGGAUUGCAUUGCAAUGCAUAGCUUCAUAAUUAUAAUCAAAAUUUAUCUCAUGAUCCAAAAUACUUUUGGAUUCAAUCCAAAUAUAAUUUUGAACUUAUCGAGAACUGAGUUCAAUUAUGACAAAGAGCACUUGAUUGCUGUCUAUGAUUUUAUUUUGUUUGAUGACAUAUUUCCAUUGCCAAUUGAUUUGGAAAGCUGUGUAUUUGUUCAAGAAUACUAUAUACCUACAAGAGGUUCAAUGAUAAUUAACCGAAAUAUCACUUUUAAAACUGAAAACAACAACUGGAGUCAAAAACUUCAAAUUACUUAUAAAACUGUUCCAUGUUCAAAACUGACUAUUCUUGAAUUUAAUAUGGAUGAAAUUCUAAACGAUUUAUUCAAGUGCAAAUCACAAGUUUCAGGAUAUAUUGGCAGAUUUUAUGAAAAUAAAACUAAUUAUAAAAGUUCAGUAGUUGAAGAAAUAUUUAACUUUAAAUUAGCAAUUGUAUUGAAGAAUCCAAUUUAUUGUUUUGAAAUUGAAUCGAAUAUGUCAAUCGUUAGUAUCAAAACAUCGUCGUUAAUUCUUGUCGUUAUUAUCAACUUAGUUUAUGGAUUCGACACAAAUUUAGUUCUUAAUUUAUCAGCUAUUGAAAAGAAUGGACGAUUAACAACUGGAAUUUACAGUACAAUUGUCAUUGAUGACUUAUUUUCACUUCUUUUAAAACUUGAUGAUCAUAUCAUAAUACAUCAAGUGUUUGGAACAAAAGUUUUAUACAUAGGUUUUUCAUAUUUUUUAAUCGUUAAUAUUGAUCAAAAUGUCUGGAACUUAACAAUGAUUGAAUUAUCAAAAAGUCAAAUUUGUGAAGAUUAUUCCAAAAUUUUUAAAAUUGAUAUUGACAAAUUUCUCACAGAAGCUUUUCAAUGUCGUCAUUUAAUGCAUGGUUAUGAAAGUAGGUUUUACUUCAAAAAUAAGAAUUUGAGUGGAUUAUUUUCUGAUUCCGAUGUUCCAGGUGCUAUAAAUAUAAAUUUUCAAAAACAAAUCAAAGUUUAUUGGUUAAUAACUCAUAAAAAUACUUUUAUGUUUAAUAAUAGUAGGAAUUUCAAAGAAUUUCGUCUGAACUGCAAUUCGAGAUAUCAUCAAUACCUCAUUACAGCAGUUUUAAUUGUUUUAAUUAUUUUUGUGAUCUUUGUUCAAAUUGUGUUUUAUAUGCAACAAAGGAAUCAAGAUUCUUUAGUUUUGUUUCGAAGAAAGAUAAAUCCAACUAUCAAAUUUGGACAAGUUCGUCAUUAG